AUGAUUCGUUGUGUUAAUAUUACAUGUGAUGGUUCUUAUAGUAAACCUUUUAGUCAACUCAAAAGAGUCCAUACUGCACUUUCCUUGUCAUUAAAGUCUGGAUCAAAGUCCGCCUUGGUAUUUGUACCGUCAAAUAGGAUCUGGAUUGAUACUCAGACCACUGCUGCUUAUACAAGAUGUUUCCAUUCUGCAACUGCUCCUAUUCGUUCAUUUGCUGCUACUCAAUCUGAAUCUAAUCCAUCCUAUCACAUUUCAUCUUUCAAUCAGCCUGCAUUGGACCAAAACACUUCUCACUCUGUAAAUACACUAAAAGAUGAAUCUACUUUGGAAACUCCAGUGUAUGAAAAUAAUUCUGAGGAUAUCGAUCGGCUUAACUUAGGACCUGAUAGAUAUCGAUAUUCUAAAUCAUCAACUCUUACUCAUCAUAUCGACCUAAAAAGCAAAAGCACCAUGAACCUUAUUACUGAUAUACACACAAAGGACCGCAAUGCCUUGAAUUACCAACAUAAAUACUCUGAUAUAUCGCAGUUGGUUAGUGGUGAAAGUGCUCUUUCUUUAGUAAAUUCAGUUCAAGACGCUAGCAUAGAUCUGAAUGGGAUGUUGUCAGAUGAGCAGCAGGAGAUUAUGGAUCUGGUUGAAGCUGGCGAAAAUGUGUAUUUCUCUGGUAAAGCUGGAUCUGGAAAAACUCAAUUGAUUCGACAUAUUGUUACCAAGAUGCGUCUUAAAGGCUUUACUGUUGCUGUCACUGCACCAACUGGAAUUGCUGCUUCUUUGGUAUAUCGAUUUGUUUCUCUUGCUUUUAUGCUUUUUAUACUCCACUAA